UGCCAUAUGGGCUAGUAAGUUGGUUAGCUUAGAUGGUAUGUUUAGCACCAUUUUCUAUAAGACCCAGUAUUAUAUAGCAACAACUUUAGCUAAAUACUGAAUCGGAAAAGUAAGACCAACAGUAAGUUAUCUUUUCGUGUAAUUUUGUAAGCGUGUGUGGCUGGUUCAUAGACGCCAGCUGAAUUAACGUUACAUACAGCUGAUUGGCUAGCUAACAAUGGCUUACGCACAGCCUCCCAAAAAGACAGGACUGCCACGAGAAGUUCUGAAGUGGCUUCAAAGCCUGGAUUUGUCAUUUUCUCCAAAGAAUAUGCGCAGGGAUUUCUCCAAUGGCUACCUUGUGGCAGAGAUGUUUUCCUGGUAUUAUCAUGAAGACUUCCCCAUGCACUCCUACAACAAUGGGACAUCACUUCCAACCAAACAGGGCAACUGGGCACAAAUAGAGAGGUUUCUAGCGAAACAGAACAUCCAUCUGCUAAAGGAAGUUCUGGACGGGACCAUCCACUGCAAACCAGGAGCAGCGGAGCUCCUAGUGCAAGAGAUUUACACCAUCUUAACUAAAAGGAGGAUCAAAGGGAAUCAGGGCAGGGAGAUUGACUUCACAGACAGGGACUACCAGGACCAACUGCCCAUGCUGGCUCGGGCCACGGCCUCCAAGGCCAUCAAGAACAACCUGCGGCUGACCGAGGUCAUAGCCGAGCCCAACAUCUCCACCAACCAGAGGAAGGUGCAGGCCAUCAUCCACAUGCACCUGGAGCAGAGGGCGACCGAGAGAGCCCAAAACCCCACAGAGCGCUUCAACGUUAAGCCCACCCUGGGAGAACUGGCCGUGAGACUGCCCCCAUCUUCUCACCACGGAGAUGACAGCUCCGAUAGCAACGCCUCAGUACAAAGUGGAACCGCAAAGUCAUGUGAACCAUCCAUCAGGAGUAAAGCCAGUGUCCAUUUCAAGGAGAUUGAGGUGCGUCAGACGGACAGACGCUCGCUGAUUGCAAAUUGAAAGGCCAGGAGAUGCAGCCAUUUGGUGUGUAUCUGUGAGAGAUGCCUCUGAUACGAUUCCUCUAAUAAAAGUACCUCUAUACCUCUA